GGGAGGCACAGGCGGAAUGGCUUGAGAUAAGUCCGAGCAAAAUUUCCCAAAAAGCAAAACAGCUUCGUGGCACGUGCACGGUGCCGGGCGCCUCUCCAGGAUCGCCGCUGGGCGCCUAUUCCACGACCGAGCGCAAGUUGGCUGCCGUCCUCUUGCCUUGUCUUGUCAUCCGGACAUCAUAUAUUGUCGCUAUUCUUCAUUCCAGUUGCAUCUUGUGCUCUGAGAAAUGGACGUCGAUGCUGUGGUACUCGGCAGCGGACUGACUGAAUCAAUCGCAGCUGCCGCACUCUCCAAGGCAGGAUACAAGGUCGCGCACCUAGACGUCAACCCGUACUACGGCGGAGACAACGCAUCUCUGACCGCCGACGAACUCGUCAGCUGGGCAGAUGAACGGGCAGCCGCGGGACCCUCCAAUCCCUCGUACGCCUCCGCGCAGCGGACCAAGUUUACGUCCAUAUCGCGAUCAGGGUCGACCCUGCCUCAAUCCCGUCAGUACUCUAUUUCGCUGUCUCCAGCCAUCAUCCCCUCCGUCGGCCCGCUAAUUGACGCGCUCAUCGCGUCGGGUGUCUCGCGGUAUGGCGGCUUCAAGCUACUGGAGAAGGUCGCGAUAUACACGGGGCCCGGUUCGGUCAAGCCAGUUCCAGGGAGUAAGGAAGACGUUUUUAAGAGCAAAGAGCUCUCCCUGCUGGACAAGCGGAGACUGAUGCGAUUCCUGAUGUUCGCGGCGGGCGACUUCGAGGGCAAGAAGGAGUUCGAAGGCAAGGAGCACACUCCCUUCGUGCAAUUCCUGCACCAAGUGUUCUCUCUCGAUGGACAGACUGCUGCUGCUAUUGCAUAUGCGUUAGCCUUCUGCGUCUCUGCUGCAGAACCGACGCUUCCCGCAUUGCAACGCAUUCGGAAGUACCUCCGCUCUACCGGUAGAUAUGGCCCUUCUCCCUUCCUCGUGGGUCAUUACGGCGGUCUGGGCGAGAUCGCACAGGGAUUCUGCCGUACAGCUGCGGUCAGCGGAGCAGCAUACAUCCUCGCCCACAACGUCUUCUCCAUCGAGAUUCCGAGUCAGUCUGAGGAAGGCCGAAAAUACAAGAUCAUCCUGGAAGGGCUAGACGAAUCGCUCACUUGCGACCUCCUGAUUGCGUCGUCGGGUUACCCUCUACCCGAGUUUCCGAGGGCAGUGACGAAUGAUUCAACCGACAAUGAAUCAUCUAACAUCCACCCUAUUGCACGAGCCAUAGUCGUGGUUGACCGCCCUCUCUCGUUCUCGUCUCCUGAAGUGCCGCCAGCAAGCACCGCAUCUGAUGCGGAGGGCGCGGACACCGAAGAGGAAGAGCAGACUCCUCAGAAGCAGGAGCUGGACACCGCUCUAUUAGUCUUCCCUCCAUCAAGCCUCGAAGGGGGCUCAUCCGUAGCAGUCGCGAGUGUUCUUGUCACAGGCGAGGGCAGCAUAUCGGCGCCCAAGGGGAAGUGGGUUCUAUAUCUGUCACUCCCACUCCUCGAACAGACCACCCGAUCUGCAGAGGCACUCCUGCGCCCAUACGUCGACGCCACGCUCAGCCUGACCGUCCCAGACUCCGCCUCGCCAACAUCCACCCAACCACUUUUCACCCUGUUCUACAUCGAGCAUCCCGAUCUGCCUCCGUCCUCAUCCGCUGCAUCCGAGUCACAAAUACCAUCCAUCCUGGCACCACUGCGGAGCUCGACGCUACUGCCGGAACAAGCAGACUCCGCCACGACGAACGCGGAGACGCUCUUCUGGAAGGCGGUCUCGGCGCUGAAGGCCGCUGGCAGACGGCCGAAGCGGAGAACAGGUGAGGGCGAGGAAGAGGGUGAGGAAGAGGUGGAGGUGGAGGGGUUCUGGCCGCCGUUGGAUAUCGUUGACGACCCAGAAGAGGAUUGGUGAUUCAACGUCUCGGUAGGUGCAAAAGUGUUCGUAUGGAUGAGGCGCUUUACCGAACCGUAUUAUCUGUCGUCAAUCGUCAGCUCUGACCUAUAUAUCGCGCUAUUGCAUAGUCUCACAGGAUUCCAGUAAUCACAAAUACGAAUACAAUACAAAUCGAGUGAUGUUACAGUAUUGGCCCAACGCACGUCUACGAAUCCUUGUCGUCUCAAAAACUCCCGGAACUGUCCC